UUACGCAAAAUCAUUGAUUUUCAGCAAAAUAUUACCUACAAUGCUUCAAUAAAUUGUUGUAAACAGUGCUCUAUUUAACCUAACAUAUUAAAGACGAGAAAUAUUUGUGAAGCGUAACGAAAAAAAUAUAAAUCAAAAUGAGCAUAGACAUAAACAAACCACGUUACGACCAGGACACCUAUAUCGGCCGGGCUUAUCAUUUCUUCCGACUGACCAACCCUCUGAACGUGUUUGCCACCGAAAAGGAACUGAAUGAGGCUAAAGUUAUCGUCGAAGCUGUCAAGUAUUCACAUAAAGUCCCCAAAGGCUACACAGAGGACCAGGUUUGGCGCAUGAAGUAUCUUUACGACAGCGCGUUCCACCCCGACACGGGCGAGAAGAUGAUUCUCAUCGGACGCAUGGCUGCGCAGGCGCCUAUGAACACUAUCAUCACUGGCGGGAUGGUGACGUUCUAUAAAACGACGGCGGCCACGGUGUUCUGGCAGUGGAUUAAUCAGACGUUCAACGCCAUAGUCAACUUUACCAACAGAUCCGGGGAUGCCCCUUUGUCUAAGUCAGCGAUUUUGACAUCAUACUUAUGUGCCUGCGGUGGUGCUUUAACAACGGCGCUCUACCUAAACAGCAAAGUUAAGAAUAUGAAGAACCCGGUGUACGCGCGACUGGUGCCGUUCGCAGCGGUCUGUGGAGCCAACUUCAUUAACAUACCUAUGAUGAGGAACAAUGAGUUGCGGUUCGGCACGCCAGUGACGACGAAGGAGGGCGAGAAGCUGGGCAACUCCACGCGUGCGGCGUUCGUCGGCAUCGGCCUCGUCUGCAUCUCAAGGAUCCUCAUGGCCACGCCCGGAAUGAUAUUGACGCCAUUAAUAAUGAACUGGGCAACGAACGCAGGGUGGUUCUGCAAGCGCCCCAACGCAAUGGUCCCGUUCCAAAUAGCGCUGGUGGGGCUAUGCGUUACCUUUGCCACGCCUCUGUGCUGCGCCAUCUUCCCGCAGAUGAUGUAUAUCAGCCCUAGUAGUCUCGAACCUCAUAUACAGGAAGCCGCUAAGAAGAGGAAGGCAGAAUACGUGUAUUUCAAUAAGGGAUUGUAAGAUGGAAAAUGGUUAUAACUAGUAUACGAGAUGCACAUAAUAUAUCGGUAUUAACGAUGUUUGGUUGAGUGGCGUAUGUGCUUACUUACAUUAACAGGUAGGUAGGUUCCAUUCAGUGUUAGGGCUAGCCUAGGUUUUUUUAAUUGAUUUUUUUAAUUUAUUAUACCUAUUUUUGAGUCCUAUUUUUCUGGGUGAGUGUGAACAGUCAAUAUACGAGCCAACCAACCCUGUCAGGGUUGUUACAGAGACAAAUGCCACCAGAUUAAAUGGCUGCUAGUCAGAAUAUUAAAUUGAAUGCCUAACGAAGUAAGUAAUCGAUCGAGCUAUUUAAAAACCUACUAUUAGUAAAACUUUACGCUAUAUUGUUAUGAUCUUUCUAUAUUACCUGUGCCGUUCCCGAGAAUAUUUCCAUUUUGGGAACGUUCCCAGCAGUAAAAAGGCGUAAAACUUAUGCAUAAAGAGCUUUGUUACCUAAUAGGCAGAUAAAAACAGAGCAGGUACAUUAAAGAACAAUUUAAAAAAAAAACAUCCAGGGUCCUUCAUAUUAAAGAUUCCCGGGAGAUCACUGCCUAUAGCUAUCAAUAUACUUAUUGUAUAAGUGUUUAUGUGAAGUUUUGAAAUUAUGACUGUAUUAAUGUACUCUUAGUACUUAUGUAUUUGUCAUGCUAGUAAUUAAACUAUUCGUGGUCGUGGUGCAUAUAAACUAGACUAUAAUGUAAAAUUAUCUAGAAUGCUCAGAAAUAUAUCGAGUUAAUAAACAUAACAUCGAGUGAAGUGUUGAAUGUUAGGCUCGACAAAUGUGCACACUAGAUGUUCAGUUACAAGUGAAUACUCUGGUUUGUAUGCACUGGUAGAUGUUUCAAAAACAUUUAAUGAUCAUCACCAGUGUUGUGCCGUUCCCAGGAAUAUUCCCAUUUUGGGAAU